GCGCGAUCAGGCCCAGUCGAGCGCGAGAUCUUUCACAGCUGAAACUGCAUAUUCGAAUGCAGCUAUGUCGUCUUCCGGUGUGCAUUACGUUCUUCUUCUUCUUCUAGGAAUCGGGAUGUGUAUUAAAGCAGGACUUGCGCUUAGAUUGGAAGAUAAGGUGGCUCUAUAUCAAAAUUGUACGAUUUUCGAUAAUCCGGAUAUGUAUGGUGGCCCCAUAUGCGGUGAAAAUAGUGUCACAUACUCCAAUAGUUUAUACCUAGAUUGCAAAAAUCAUCACAGCCGCGACACUGUUGCUACGUUGCAUUCCGGUCCGUGCUUGGAAAAUGAGAAAUAUUGCACCGUCGAGAUACAUUACGAGCCGGUUUGCGGAUCGGAUGGCAAAAUUUACACAAGCAUGCAAUCGCUUCUAUGCGUUCGUCAGAAACAAUCAAAAGAUUUGACAUCCGUGUCGAUGGCGAACUGUCGACAGGACGAUCAUUGUUAUCGAGAUGGGACGGAACAUUACGGGAUGAAUCCGAUUUGCGCCAAUAAUGGGUUCACAUAUCAGAACGCGGCGCAGCUCAAGUGCCUGCAACGAUAUAACCCUGAAUUGCAAAUUAUUCACGACGGUGGUUGUCGCGUGGAAUUCGUUCACCAGCUUUACAAUGCGGCGGUUUGUGACAUCGCGAAAGUGAGAUAUGAAUGGAAUCCGGUUUGCGCAUCGGAUGGAGUUACUUAUUCAAAUCCUUUUCUCUUUCUCUGCCAUCACCCACAUCUAAAUGUAAUUUCCAACGGAGAGUGCGACACGCAUAGCCACGAUUCUUGCGUAGAAGCGCACACAAAUAUGACGAUUUUGCCAAACGGCGAGUACGUGAACGAAGCCUUUACCGAGGAUGAUGAGGUUUGCGGAAACGACGGUCGCACGUACCAAAGCGAACAUCAUUUGCAAUGCCACACACGUCACGACAAAUACCUGUUUUUAAAGCAUCAUGGUCCCUGUUCCGGACCGGAUGAUCAUCCCUGCGGAUCGAUACCGGAAGAGGAUCACAGACGACCAGUAUGCGGAACCAACGGCAGGUCCUACGUGAGUCCGGAAGCUCUCUGGUGCGCCAAAUUACGUUCCCCGGCGGAAGAUAUUGCUUACAAGCACGAUGGUCCCUGCUGACGAAGAUGUUAUGAGAUAUUUUGUAGAAAACUAUUCAAUCAUUAUUUCGCUUCCGCCUCAUCUAGAAGUCAGAAACAAAAACUCUUUCAAAGCGGUUUCGAGAUGAAAUAAAAAAUAAAUAGGAUAACAAUUUUUCUAUAAAAUAUUAAUUGU